CUUGGUCCAGUCCCAUUUGCAUGCCGCAGUGGAGAAUGUCAUUGCUGGCGUGAGAUAUGAGAGACUGCAACAUGACGGACCCAAACUGCCACAGGUCACUGAGAAGAAUCCACUUAGUCACAGAUAUUUUGUGAAUGUUCUGCACCUGGAAGAAGAUCAAAGUAUUGCUCAAGUAGAGAAAUUGCUUUCAAGUGAUGAUGAUGCACGCUUUGUCCUUGCUCACAACGGAUGGGUAGGUUCAAUCUAAAUAUGCAGUUCAAAAUAUGAAUAAUUUAGAGUGUUCUCAGUUUGUUAUCCGUUUUAUUACAUAACUUACAGUUAUGUACAACCAAAAGCGAAAAAGCAUAAUUUAGGCAAUGUGCGUAUUAUAAUGCUAAUAGUUGCAGUCUGCAACUUGCAGAAAUAGAAAUAAAAAUUAAUUGCUAUUUUUUUCUCAGAACCCAACAAAGGCAAAAACUAUUCGUCGUUUCUGUGUCGUUGAAGGAAUUUAUUCAAAAACCGGUGAAAUCUGUCCAUUAAAAGAAAUUACUAUCAUGUGUAGGAAGAAUAAAGUUCGUGUUUUUGUCGACGUUCCCAUCCGUGAUCUCGACUUGAUCAGUGGAAGUUUGCAGCAUGCUAUGGCUGCUUUUGGUGGUUUUAUAGUUGGACCUUCGUUCGUUGUUGACCACCAACGUAUUUCUGGUCUUGGAUAUUGUUUCUCUGCUUCGUUGCCACCUUUACUGGCCGGAGUUGGAAUCAAAUCAUUAAGUUUGAUGGAAAAGAAUCCACUGAUGGUACUUGAUCUCCAGGAAAAAUGCAAGUUUUUUCACAAGACCCUGCGAACAUUGGAUCAUUUCCGUGUCAUUGGCCACGAACUUGCUCCCAUUAAACAUAUCGUUCUAAAAGACCCUUUCGUGAAGCGAACCAACGAGGAAACGUCUUCAGUAAUUAGUCAGAUAAUCCUCUUUGUAAAAGAGGAGUACAAGAUUGCUCUAGUGAAACCCAGCUAUUUGGAGAAGCAAGAAGCCUCGAUACCUACACCUAGCAUCCGGAUAGCCGUCAAUCGACUGCUCACUCGUGAUGAAAUAAAAAUUGUUGUUUGUGCCAUUCAAGACGCCUCUCAAAAGAUUUUGGACGCUUGAUUCUCCAAGAAGAAUUGCUCCCACUUGUAGUACUAUAUUGUCGCUACCAAGGAAUAUGCCUUUUACCUUUCAGUUAUUUACUAUUAAUGAUUUCUAUGCAUUGCCAACAUUUAUAUUAUUUAUAACUAAUGCAAAAACCAUUGAAUACAUACAUAUGCAUAAUCAAUCAAAUAUUUCA